UGAGUCGUGUCAAAUCACCCAAUCCUUAGCGUCCUUCAGGUCCACCCACACCUGACCUUGACCCCACACUCCUCCGCCUCUCCCUCCAAACAAAAAACCGACACGCUACAAGCGCGCGGGCGCGGCUGCACCGGGAGCAGCAGCAGUUGCACUCGCAAGCAGAGCUGCACCACUCGCCGCCGCCGCCGCCGCGCGCCAAGGCAGGACUCACUCGCCAUGAGGAUGCUGCUCCGCUGCUUCGUCGGGGCCGAGCCAGCAGGAGGAAGCGGCAGCGAGAGCGGGAACGAGAAGAAGAAGAAGAAGGCGGUGCGGCGCAUGCCCAGCGCGACGGGACGGCUGCGGUCGCUGUCGCUGGACGACCUCUCGCGGACGCUGUCGUCAUCGGGGCUGCACGCCUUCACCCUGGCGGAGCUCAAGGCCGCGACGCGGGGGUUCUCGAGCAGCCACUUCAUCGGCGAGGGCGGGUUCGGCCCCGUGUACAAGGGCUUCCUCGACGAGCGCCUCCGCCCCGGGGAGCUCGAGCCGCAGCACGUCGCCGUCAAGUACCUCAACGCCGACGGGCCGCAGGGCCACCGCGAGUGGCUGGCUGAGGUGGUGUACCUGGGGAUGCUGCGCCAUCCGCAUCUGGUGAAGCUGACCGGCUACUGCUGCCAGGACGAGCAGAGGAUGCUCGUGUACGAGUACAUGGCCAGCGGCAGCCUCGAGCACCACCUCUUCAAGAAUCUGAUGCCGAGCCUGCCGUGGCCGACGCGGCUCAAGAUCGCGGUGGGCGCGGCCAAGGGGCUGGCGUUCCUGCACGAGGCCGACACGCCGGUGAUCUACCGCGACUUCAAGGCCUCCAACAUCCUGCUCGACUCGGACUACACGGCGAAGCUCUCAGACUUUGGCCUGGCCAAGGAGGGCCCACAGGGCGACGAGACCCACGUCACCACCCGCGUCAUGGGCACCCACGGCUACGCCGCCCCGGAGUACAUCCUCACCGGGCACCUGACGGCGAAGAGCGACGUGUACAGCUUCGGCGUGGUGCUGCUGGAGCUGCUGACGGGGCGUCGCACCGUGGACAAGCGGCGGCGAGGGCGCGAGCAGCACCUGGUGGACUGGGCGCGGCCGUACCUGCGGCGGCCGGAGAGGCUGGACCGCGUGAUGGACCCCAGCCUCGACGGCCAGUACUCCGCCAAGGCCGCGCACAAGGCCGCCAUGGUCGCCUACCACUGCCUGCACAGCGUGCCCAAGUCGCGCCCCAGCAUGCGCGACGUCGUCGACGCGCUCGAGCCGCUGCUGCAAAUGCGCAGCGACGUGCCCGCGGGGCCGUUCGUGUACACGGUCCCGUCAUCGGCGACCGACGACGGAAAGGCCGAGGCGGCGGCGGACGGCGCCGCAGCGGCCAAGAAGAAGUACCUCGCCUCGGCCGUGCACGCCGAGGACGAGCUGCGGACCGGGAACCAACGGUAUGCGACCUCGGUGGCGGGAUACAAGAGCUCCUCCCGGAGGCACAGCAGGGACAGGGGCGCUUAAACGUGCAGCGACAUCAACCAUCGAUGCAAGCGUGUUAGCAAGUGUGUUUGUUCCUGACAAAAUUGUGUGCAUAUAGUUAUUGUGUCUGCAGGAUGUCAACCUAAUUUGUUCGUUGAUUCUUUUUCUUGGCUACCCUGCUCUGGAUCACGGAGAGCAAAAUGUGUUACCGCUUCUUUUUCUGGCUUUUUUAGGGGAGGAAGGAGUUCGUUUUUCCUUUACCUUUUUGGCAUGUAUUGCCAACUCUUGCUUCCGGAGAAUAAAGGGGAGAUGAUUGUGCCUCCCUCAGUGGAGUAGAGAAUUAAACUUAUUUUCGCUACAGAGUUUUCGCUGCAGAGGUCGGUAUUAUCCCAUCAAAUCAAACGAAUCCUGUUGUCUGUUUCGAAUUGGUA